AUGCUUUCUUAUUUCUUAGAAUGUCUAUGUCAUUCUGUUUUUAUCUAUCUCAGCCUGUUCAUAUCUAUCUAUCUAUGUAGCUAUCUAACUAAUCAUGUUCCUAUCUAUCUAUCUAUCUAUCUAUCUAUCUAUCUAUCUAUCUAUCUAUUUCAGUCUUUUCAUGUUUGUCCAUUACAGUGUGAUUACAGUCUGUUCAUGUUUAUAAUCUAUCUCACUCUCUUACUAUCUAUUUGUCUAUCUAUCUAUCUAUCUAUCUAUCUAAAUCUAUCUAUCUACAGUCUUUUCAUGUUUGUCCAGAGAAAAAAAUUUACUAUCUAUUUGUCUAUCUAUCUAUCUAUCUAUCUAUCUAUCUAUUUCAGUCUUUUUCCAUUACAGUGUGUUCAUAUCUAUUACAGUCUGUUCAUGUUUAUAAUCUAUCUCACUCUCUUACUAUCUAUUUGUCUAUCUAUCUAUCUAUCUAAUCUAUCUAUCUAUCUAUUUCAGUCUUUUCAUGUUUGUCCAUUACAGAGUUCAUAUCUAUUACAGUCUGUUCAUGUUUAUAAUCUAUCUCCUCUCUUACUAUCUAUUUGUCUAUCUAUCUAUCUAUCUAUCUAUCUAUCUAUUUCAGUCUUUUCAUGUUUGUCCAUUACAGUGUGUUCAUAUCUAUUACAGUCUGUUCAUGUUUAUAAUCUAUCUCACUCUCUUACUAUCUGCAUCUAUCUAUCUAUCUAUCUAUCUAUCUAUUUCGGUCUUUUCAUUCUGUUCAUGUUUAUAAUCUAUCUCACUCUCUUACUAUCUAUCUAUCUAUCUAUCUAUCUAUCUAUCUAUCUAUUUCAGUCUUUUCAUGUUUGUCCAUUACAGUGUGUUCAUAUCUAUUACAGUCUGUUCAUGUUUAUAAUCUAUCUCACUCUCUUACUAUCUAUUUGUCUAUCUAUCUAUCUAUCUAUCUAUCUAUCUAUCUAUCUAUCUAUUUCAUCUGUUCAUGUUUAUAAUCUAUCUCUCUUACUAUCUAUUUGUCUAUCUAUCUAUCUAUCUAUCUAUCUAUUUCAGUCUUUUCAUGUUUGUCCAUUACAGUGUGUUCAUAUCUAUUACAGUCUGUUCAUGUUUAUAAUCUAUCUCACUCUCUUACUAUCUAUUUGUCUAUCUAUCUAUCUAUCAUCUAUCUAUCUAUCUAUUUCAAUCUUUUCAUGUUUGUCCAUUACUGUGUUCAUAUCUAUACAGUCUGUUCAUGUUUAUAAUCUAUCUCACUCUCUUACUAUCUAUUUGUCUAUCUAUCUAUCUAUCUAUCUAUCUAUCUAUUUAGUCUUUUUCAUUCUGUUCAUGUUUAUAAUCUAUCUCUCAUCUAUCUAUCUAUCUAUCUAUCUAUCUAUUUCAUCUUUUAUUCUGUUCAUGUUUAUAAUCUAUCUCACUCUCUUACUAUCUAUUUGUCUAUCUAUCUAUCUAUCUAUCUAUCUAUCUAUUUCAGUCUUUUCAUGUUUGUCCAUUACAGUGUGUUCAUAUCUAUUACAGUCUGUUCAUGUUUAUAAUCUAUCUCACUCUCUUACUAUCUAUUUGUCUAUCUAUCUAUCUAUCUAUCUAUUUCAGUCUUUUCAUUCUGUUCAUGUUUAUAAUCUAUCUCACUCUUUUAUCUAUUUAUAUUUAUCUAUUAUCUAUCUAUCUAUCUAUCUAUCUAUCUUUCUUUUCCUGUUUGUCCAUUUAGUGUGUUAUUACAGUCUGUUCAUGUUUAUAAUAUCUAUCUCUAUCUAUCUAUCUAUCUAUCUAUCUAUCUAUCUAUCUAUCUAUCUAUCUAUCUAUCUAAUCAUGCAUUAUCUAUCUAUCUGUUUUAUCUAUCUAUCAUAUCUAUGUAUCUAUCUCUCUGUUUACAUCUAUCUAUCUAUAUUUUUCUGUUCUUAUCUAUCUAUCUAUUUAUCUCAGUCUGUUCAUAUAUAUCUACCUCAGUCUGUUCAUAUCUAUCUAUCUAUCUAUCUAUCUAUCUAUCUAUCUAUCUAUCUAUCUAAUCAUGUUCCUAUCUAUCUAUCUAUCUAUCUACCUAUCUAUAUUUGUUUACACCUAUCUUUUUCUGUUCUUAUCUAUCUACCUAUCUCAACCUGUUCAUAUCUAUCUAUCUAUCUCUGUUUACAUCUAUCUAUCUACCUAUCUCUCUAUCUAUCUAUCUAUCUAUCUAUCUAUCUAUCUAUCUUAUCUCUUUUCUGUUCUUAUCUAUCUAUAUUAUCUAUCUCAGUCUGUUGUAUCUAUCUAUCUCAGUCUGUUCAUAUCUAUCUAUCUAUCUAUCUAUCUCUGUUUACAUCUAUCUAUCUACCUAUCUAUCUAUCUAUCUAUCUCGCUAGCUAUCUUUUUCUGUUCUUAUCUAUCUAUCUACCUAUCUAUCUAUCUCAGUCUGUUCAUAUCUAUCUAUCUCAGUCUGUUCAUAUCUCUCUAUCUCUGUUUACAUCUAUCUAUCUAUCUAUCUAUCUAUCUAGUAUCUUUUUUCUGUUCUUACACUAUCUAUCUACCUAUCUAUCUAUCUCAGUCUGUUCAUAUCUAUCUAUCUCAGUCUGUUCAUAUCUCUCUAUCUCUGUUUACAUCUAUCUAUCUAUCUAUCUAUCUAUCUAUCUAUCUAUCUAUCUUUUUCUGUUCUUAUCUAUCUAUUUAUCUCAGUCUGUUCAUAUAUAUCUAUCUCAGUCUAUUCAUCUAUCUAUCUAUCUAUCUAUCUAUCUAUCUGUCAAUGCAGCUCGAUGUUACAUGCUCCAGUAA